CAGGGGGCAGCUGGGGCUGACGCUCGUGUAAGGGAGCGGCCAGUGUCGGGGCUCGGGCCUGUGCGGGCAACUAACCCGGCUGACGGUUCGCGGGCGGAAGGGGACCGCAGGGACCACCUUUCGCCGCCGCUUCUACCACAGCAGCUCGGGAGCAGCCAGCGUCUUCCGGAGACCCCCCUCCCGUUCCCCUUUUCCUUACUUCGCCCCGGCUGGGGUUCUCGGUUGGUCGCUCUCCCCGCGCGAGGUCCAGCCAUGUCCGGGCUGCUGGGGAAGUUGUUCGGGAUGGGUCCGGGGGAGAAAGGCGGGGGGAAGGGGCCUUCUCCCCAGGAGGCCAUCCAGCGGCUUAAAGAGACGGAGGACAUGCUGAGUAAGAAGCAGGAGUUCCUGGAAAAGAAGGUCGAACAGGAGCUGUUGGCGGCCCGCAAACACGGCACCAAGAAUAAGCGCGCUGCACUCCAAGCUCUAAAACGAAAGAAGAGAUACGAGAAGCAGCUUGCUCAAAUAGAUGGCACACUGUCCACAAUUGAAUUCCAGAGGGAAGCCUUGGAAAAUGCUAACACCAACACUGAAGUGCUCAAGAAUAUGGGCUUUGCUGCAAAAGCAAUGAAAGCUGCUCAUGAUAACAUGGAUAUUGACAAAGUAGAUGAACUCAUGCAAGAUAUUGCAGAACAGCAAGAGUUAGCUGAUGAAAUUUCAACCGCUAUCUCCAAGCCUGUAGGAAUUGGUGAAGAAUUUGAUGAGGAUGAACUGAUGGCUGAAUUAGAGGAGCUAGAGCAGGAAGAAUUGGAUAAAAACCUGUUGGAAAUCAGUGGUCCAGAGACGGUUCCACUACCCAAUGUACCCUCUAUAGCUAUACCUUCAAAGCCUGCUAAGAAAAAAGAAGAGGAAGAGGAUGAUGACAUGAAAGAGCUUGAAGCCUGGGCUGAAAAUAUGUAACUACACCAGCAGUGAGCUGGAGAAACAAUUGGGACUGGUCACCUGUUGCUAAAGGUGCAUGUAUAUGUGGGAGACAUCAUUAAGCGCAAGGUUCUUUAUUCCUUUAAGCUAAAACUGGGAAUUACAUUCUACAGAGCAUGGUCUGAACAAAGUAAGCAGAAGUUUCCAAGGAAGGCACCUGUAAUUUAGAAUGUUGAAUCCCUUUAAAUAAUAAAUGUUAUUGGCAAAAUUCCAACAUUCAGCUUCUGGAGUUUGCUAAUGCCACUGCUGGAUCCUCAUCUUUCAGAAUUCCGACCAUGUUGAGACUUGGGAUGUGAAAGUGGUAACUUAAGUUGAAUGAAAUAUUUUUCAAAGUCUUGUAAAGCAUUACAAAAUGAAAGUCAUGAGCCAUUAUUGGCUUACUAUGUUUAGAUGUACAAAUGCAUUAGUCUUUUAGUACUUUAAGGUCUGUAUUUAUAUUGGCAGCAUUGAAAUGCCUCUCAUCGCUACACUAAACCUGGUCACUUUCCCCAUUUUAAUUGGUGAAGUGGAUUUGGAAUGAUAAAUUAUUUUAUUAUGGAAGUAGAUUAAAUUUACACUUCUGUUCUAGCUGUACAUUUUUUCUACAUAGCACUUGGAUGUUGAUUGCUAUUUGUGACAACCAAUAGCUCAUGCAGAAACAAACAUACAUUUAUUUUAAAUAUGGAUGCACUGUAUUAAAUAAUUUGAUUGAUUUUCA